AUGACGAUACCUAUCGACCAAUCCAAGGCACCCAAUGCUCGAGCAGCUGCCGAAAGGCUUGCCCAGUUGAAGCAACAACUUACUAUGACACCAUCAUCCAUGUCAUUGCAAGCACCCAAAGACAUGGCCGGUGAACGUGCAGCCGCUGAUUUCAAUAUUGACAACUUGGCCUAUUAUUGGGCGGGCGAUGAACAACAAUACCGAUUGAUGCAACAAGCUUACGAGCUAAUCAAGAAUGAUCCCGAACUUGUUGUCCAACCACCUCGCAACUAUUUGGAAAUGACACGUCCGGAAGCUCGAGAAUUCACCAUGGGCCAGAUAUACCGCCUUGUCAAAAUCAUGCAAGAUCCAAAGAUGGACCCCAACCUCGUGGAUGCUGUGGUGAAUGCUCUUUUGUUGUACUCGGAGAACUUUGGCAUGAGGAUCGCAGUGCACAGAACACUCUUCCGAAAUGUGUUAUUGAUGCUUGCAACCGAUGAACAACAAAAGACGUGGUUGCCGCUUGUUGAAAGUUAUCGUAUCUUGGGAUGCUUUGCCAUGACUGAGCUUGGACAUAGUUCGGCUUUGCGAGAUAUCGAGACAACUUCAACAUAUGAUCAAGCGACUGAUACCUUUGUUCUUAAUUCACCUACGAUCACGUCAACAAAAUGGUGGAUUGGCAUGGCAGGUCAAACAGCUACGCACACGAUGGUGAUUGCACAAACAUAUGUUGGUGGCAAGAACGUGGGACACAAUUGGUUUAUUGUUCAACUUCGUGAUACGACUACUGGUGAAUUGAUGCCCAACGUACGAGCUGGUGAUAUUGGACAUAAAGUGGGUCGUCCAGGCUUGGAUAACGGCUUCAUCCAGUUUUCUCACGUGCGAAUUCCACGUGAUCGCAUGUUGUCUCGCUUUGUCAAUCUCGAUCCAGCUACUGGCACUUACACUCCUGCACCUUCACCCGCCAUCAUGUACGCAACCUUGAUUCCUGAACGUAUUUAUUUGGUCAGCAACAAUGUCAUGAUGCUCACACAAGCCGUGAUUAUCGCUACACGUUAUGGUGUUGUACGUCGUCAGCAAAACAAUCAACAAAUCAUGGAUUAUCAAUCACAUUAUGCCAAACUUGUGCCAGCCAUUUCAUUCAUGUACAUGGUCAAGUCAGCUACACGUACUUUGGACGAACGUUUCAAGGUGCUCACAGCUGAUGGUGAAAUGAAUCCCAAGGUGUAUAUGCAACACAUGUCCGAAAUGCACGCCAUAUCGGCAGCACUCAAAGGCAUUUCCGGUUGGUACGGAUCCGAUAUUUUGGAGACAUGUCGUCGUGCUUGUGGUGGUCACGCAUACUCGGCUUAUAACAACAUUGGACAAAUCAUUGAUGACUGGGGAGUGACAACUACGGGUGGAGGUGAUAAUGUCGUCUUGAUGCAGCAAACCGCUAAGAUCUUGAUUCAGCAAUUACAACAAAAGUUGGAGCAUGAUAAGCACCCACAGCUCUUGUUCAAAGCAUCCACUCAUUACAUCCAGAAUGCCAAGGAGUAUCUUGAAAGUAAGACAUGGGGUGUGCAAGAUGUAUCAAAGUGCUUUGAGGAUCUUGGAUUGAUUGAGGACGCUUUACAUACCAUUUUGGUCAAGCGACUCAACAGCAUUCGUUUGGAUGAGAAGAACAUGUCUUCAAAUGAUCUUUUAUUGGAAUCUGUGCGAGCAGCAGAAUUGCAUGGUGCUACUUUCCUUUACUCGGAUGCCGUGACAAAGUAUGCCAACAAGCGCAAUGAUGAUCCCCUUGCCAUCCUUCGUCGUCUCACAGCCCUGUGGGGAUUCCAUACCCUGAUCACCUACAGCGACCAAGCAUUCAAGGAAAACUAUUUGACUGCAUCACAGCUCAAGUCAUUGGAACGCCUUUAUCUUCAAGAAUGCAAGAGCUUAAGAAAACAAGUGAUCGGGUUGACGGAUGCGUGGGGUUAUCCAGACUUCAUUAUUAAGGCCCCAAUUGGAAAAUAUGACGGCAACAUUUAUGAGCCCUACUUUGAUACCUUGUUGAUGGCGCCCAAUAGCACUGGCGUCCCUUCAUACCAUGAAAAGUACAUCAAGCCUUUGACAUCAGCUUAG